AGCGUCACUCAGCUGACUAGGAUAACUUAAAUGUAUCGAUUAGCACCUAAAUAGGAACAAAGUUAUUAUCAUUCACUGCACUGAAAAACUAUCAAAUAUUCAUUAGCGUUUUAGAGAAGUUUGGAGAUUCACUGUGAUGACAGAUAUAAGCAGUAUGGAAUCUGCUACCAAAUUCCAAAAGCCUUCACUUAAUAAUGGGGAAACUAGGACAGAUGCGGUCACUCCUUUUCUUCAUCGAUUCCCCUAUUGUAUUGUUUGGACUCCAAUUCCACUAUUGACGUAUGUCUUAUUUUAAGUGAUGUCAUCAUUUAUAAAGAUGGUUGUUCCCUGUUGUUGGACAUAUGGGGAUUGCUAAUUCACAUGGGAUUAUAUAUGACUUUGCAGCUCCAUAUACAAUUGGAGAAGACCAAAUGGCAUUUGGCUGGCCGACAAUGUAUUAUCAACCGCAUUCUAAACACAUUCCAAGUCGGGAAAUAUGGGAUAAGGCCUUAUUUGAGGCAAAUGAAGUCUAUAAAGGACGAGUUCAUAAUCUUCUUUGUGAUAAUUGUCAUAGUCAUGUGGCAUAUGCUUUAAACAAGAUGCGUUUUCAAGAUAAAGACAAUUGGAAUAUGAUACGUGUUACUGUGUUAUUGUUCUUUCAUGGGAAAUACGUUAGUAAACGUCAUUUUAUUGCCUCUUGGCUUCCAUUCAUCAUUCUGAUAUGUACAAUUUUGUUGGUAAUAUCACUAACUUUGCAUAUCAGAUGAACUAAAUAUUAAAUAAAUAUUAACAAUCCAACAAGGACCGAGAAAACGAUAAAAAGAAAAAAUGAAAAUUCCACCGAUCUCGUUUAAUAUUUUAACUCUAUUUGUAAAUGUUGUCAGUAGUGGUGUUAUGUGAAAGAAUAUCACAAUCUAUUAUCGUAGAUAAUAUGUAUCUCAUUUUGUAUGAUUUUCAUUUGAAUAAUUCAUUGUCAUCUUGGUUUGACGAAUAAUUUAAUCUCUUC